AAAUGAACUAUCAAAUAUGACAGAUCAGAUGACAGAUCCCAUAAGUCUUGUUCAAUGGUCUUGUUACAUUUCAUACCACUUUUUAAAAAUACUAUUUCCAUAAAAGUGAUAUUUUGAGAAACUUAUACAGAUUUUCUAACUAUAACCCACUAGUUCCGUCGGCACUGUCGGAUUUAUAAACUUCAUUAGUAGUGGGUGAUACAGAAAUUACUCCAGUUAAGACAGCUGAAACUAUAACAAAUUCAAAGAAAAGAAGGAUAAGAAGACAAAAGUUAAGAUUAGCCAAAUAUUAUAAAGAACAAACACCUGUUGAAACUGUGCAAAACAAGCAAGCAAGCAGAGAGCCUUCUCACAAUAUUGUUGUCCAGAAGUCUACAAACAAUAACCAAGAGAUAGGCAAUGAACAAAAACCAGUAGAGACUAAAAUAAAAGGAAAAGAAAAUAUGUCUUCAAAAGGUAUAACAGAAAAAUCGAGAGAUGAAGUUUUAGGUGCAAGAGAGGCCAAGAAAUUAGCUAAACAAAAAGCCAAACAGAAGGCUGCUGCUAAUGAAGUAAAAGAACCAGCACCUGAAAAAGCUGUAGUUGAUGAGAAUAAAAAUGAACAGCCUGUCAGACUAGAGCCUAAAAUUGCGGCCAAUGAAGAUAUUCAAAUGAAAACUUUAGACAAAAGUAAAGAUGAAGUUGAUAGAGCAGUAGUAGUUAAUGAAAUAACUGGUGAUAAUGAAAGAGAUAAAAUUAAAGCUGAAAGAGCUGCAAAGAAAGCUGCUAAGCAGGCUAAAAAGAAGGGGGCAGCUGAGGGGGAUGUUAAACAACCACCUGAAAGACCUCCUGUACAACAAGAGGCUACUUCUUCUUCAUCAGAACAAAUAACUAGGACUGAAGCUUGUAAGGGUGAUGAUAUGACAGUUAGAGAUGUUGUAGAAACACUAAAAGAUAUUGCCAAUGUAGCAAAGGAAGUAAAGGAAGUCACUGCUAAAGUUCAAAGUAUUGAUUUAGGAGGAAAAAAGGCAGAAGAAGCUGGUAAAAGCAAGGCUGAGCUGAGAGCUGAAAGGCGUGCAAAGCAAGAAGCUCAGAGGGCUGCAAAACAAGCAGCAGAACAAAAGGCCAAACCUAAAGAAGAUGCUGCAGCCAAACCUGAUGUUGAAAAGAAAGUUAAAGAGGUAAAACCCGUCAAAGUUAAAGUUGUAGAUAAACCAAAGGUAAAGUCACAAGUAGCACACAGGAUCAAUUGGUGUCAACAUUUGUGCACUGAGCAUGACAAGGAGUCACUGAGAAAAAUUGCCAUUAACUCCAACUUGCACCCAGCCAUCGUGAAGCUGGGAGUACAGUUGGCAUCCCGCGUCGUGACCGGCUCGAAUGCUAGGUGUAUAGCAUUGUUAGAUGCCCUGAAGAAGAUGGUAAUAGACUACAUAGUUCCCGCCAAGACGGAGUUCGCUCGAGGGCUGGAGUCGUACUUGGCCACGAGUCUAGACUUCCUGUGGUCCAUGCGCCAACCCUCGGCCUCGCAGACGAACGCCGUCAAGGCCUUCAGGCACCAUAUUAUGCAGCUGCCGAACAAUGUUGAUGAGUUUGAUGCAAAGAAGAAACUGCAAGAAGAAAUUGACCGAUACAUCAGGGAACAGAUAGAGACCGCCGGCCAAGCCAUCAGCAUAGCUGUCAGGAACAAGAUCUCUGAUGGUGACAAUAUUUUAACAUACGGAUGUUCGUCAUUGAUCGAGCGAAUACUGGUAGAAGCGUGGGAGGCUGGCGUUCGAUUCCGCACUGUGGUGGUCGGUAACCGCGUGCACCGCGCCGGCCCGGAGAUGUUGCGCCGACUCACGGCCAAGGGCCUGCCCUGCACAUACGUAGACUUCACGGGGUUGCACUUCGUCAUGAGUACUAUGAAGCUGUGCGUGCUGGGGUGCGACGCGCUGCUGGCGGACGGGUCGGUGCGCGGCGCGCUGGGCACGGCGGGCGCGGCGCUGGCGGCGCGCGCAGUCAACGUGCCCGUGCUCGUCGCCGCCGAGACGCACAAGUUCAGCGAACACCUGCAGACCGACGCGCUCGUGCACAACGAACUCGGUGAUCCUGAUGACCUAAUCGACAAAAAUGAUGAAAACUCGCCCCUAAAAGACUGGCGGUCCAACCCCAACUUGACUCCUCUCAACCUGACAUAUGACAUCACGCCGCCAAGCUUAGUCACCGCCGUGGUCACGGAGUUAGCCAUUCUGCCAUGCACGAGUGCGCCAGUCGUACUGAGAUUUAAACUGUCUGAAUACGGAAUGUAAGAUGCAUAGUAAACAAUGUACUUUUCAAUAGAACUUGUAGACUUACUGAUCUGCGAUCUAUGAAUUCUCUAGUAUAGAUAAUAUUUAUCUAUAUACCGCCAUUUUUAAUAAACGACCCCAGUCGCCUUUUUCGAUCUAUCUCAAAAGUAGACCAAUUAGAACUCCGUUUUUUUGACAUGCUUACAAAUGAAUAAUUUUGAUUGGUUCAUUCUCGGAAAUCAGAUUGAAGAUUGAGAUACGGAUCGUUUAUUUAAAAAUGACCGUUAAUCUGCAUAGUUUAAAACUAAUGUACUAUGAAAGUUCAAGGUGAAAAAUUUAGAAAAUUGUUUGUACUGACUGCAAGUUCUAUUGACAAUUUUUCUAGUUAUAUUAUUUUAUACUAUUUACUACAUAAGUACUAUUUAAAUUAGCGUCGAUUGGAACAUUAAGAACUCAAAUACCUACUUAUAAAUGUGAUACAUUUACUGAAAUCUAUUUGUGAAUAGGUACUUCACUAAUUUAAUAUUGUGGGUAGUUUUUCUCAUUUUCCUGCUGUCUAUUUUCUUGAUUUGCUCAAAAUAGCAAUAAAUGUUUUGUAAAAUAUGUGUGUGGUCAAACCGAUUCAUAAUUACUGUUAUCGUAACUUUCGUACUUAUGCCAUUUAUUCAUAAGGGGCUAAUGAUUUCUAUAGGAGUAUCACAUGUUAGGGGCUUGGUUUCAAUCUUUACCAAGAAUGGUAUCAAAUCACUAAGUCAAAUAUUUUUCUGAGACUGUUACUAAACAAAAUACACACUGACUUAGAAUUAUUUCCUAUUUAUGACAUUAAAUAAUGUGAAACGAUUAAAAAUGUGUGUAGAACUGUUAUUUAGGGCUCUAUAAAGUAUUUUCAACUGACAGUCCAGCUCCAAGAUAUCUUGCAUUAUAAGUCCUUCUCUGAAAAUUAUAGUCUUCCUAUAACUGAUCUAUGUGGAUAUUUUACGGAUGUAGUAGUGACAAGAACUUUUGUUUAAUAUUGAUGUUUUAAUGAAGCUCCAAUAAUUUUGUAUAGUACUGGAAUAAUAAAAGAUAUUUUAUUA